AUGCUUCGUAGGUGCUGGCUGCGGUACUGCAUUGUAAGCACUGCGACCGGGGGUAGUGGAGCUCCACCGCCUCCGCGCAAGGAUACUAAUGAUCGUAGCGCUUCCGAACAGCAAGGAAGAAGUGACGGUAGGCGGCGCUACCGCAUCGAGAGUGGAUACGACGGAGCUAAGAACUACGACGAGCGCGGCCAGUUCUUCUCCGCCUUUCUCAGUCUCGGUAUCAUAUCGCUGGGGUGUACCUUCUUGUUCGUGCCGCUGUAUCGCAUGUACUGCGCCCCCACCGGUCGUGGCGCGGAUCCGAAGUUCUAUACCCCUGAUGCGGCCCGCGAACGCGAAGAGCAGAACAAGAACUACCCAGUUCCCAAGAAGCUGCUGAAGGUGCGGUUCCUCAGUGACGUGGGCAACACGAUGCCCAUCGCCUUUGUGCCUCUGCAGAAGGAGGUGGAGGUGCUCGUCGGCGAGCCGGCGCUGGCUUUCUACUCUGCGUACAACCGCAGCAAUCGCACGCUGCUCGGCGUCUCAUCCUAUACGAUUGCGCCCCCGGAGGUGACAAACUACCUCAACAAGAUCCAGUGCUUCUGCUUCGAGGAGCAGCGCUUCAAGCCGCACGAGUUGGUGGAGAUGCCCGUCUUCUUCUACAUUGAUCGUGACUUUUUGAAUGACCCGAUGGUGAAUUGGCUGGAUGAGGUGAUCGUCAACUACACCUUCUUCAACCUCGAGAAGACGAAGGACUACAUCUUCCGCUCUAGCCCGCGGUAA